AAUGUGGCGUGCCCAAAAAGACCCAGAGCAGUCAACACACUCCCUCCCAAUCGCUGCCACCGCGAUGCUCGCCGGCCACGGUAUCCUCGCCGUGGUCACUGUCCUGCUCCUACUGCCGUCGGCCCGUCCGCUAGAGGACAGCACCUGCGACCCCAGCACCACCUUCGCGCCCAACAGCACCUAUCAGGCGAACCUGAAUCUCCUCGCCGCGGCGCUCCCGGGCAACGCCUCCUCCGCGCCGGCCGGCUUCGCCGCCCUCUCCGCCGGCACGGCCAGCCGGGCCUACGCGAUGGCGCUCUGCCGAGGCGACGCCAGCGCCUCGUCCUGCGCCGCCUGCGUGGCGGUAGCGUUUCGCGCCGCCGGCCAGAGCUGCCCCAACAACACGGGCGUCACCAUGUACGAGGACGACUGCGUCCUCCGCUUCGCCAACCGCCAGUUCUUGGACUUCCUCAAGGCCGACCAGUGGCAGGCCGGCGAACUCAGUAUCCAAACCAGAACGGCUGAUGGGAGCGUUCCGACAGUCGCGGUUGCCUGGUUCAGAGCCGCGGCCACAUCCAUCCUCACCGCUGUGUCCGCUGCUUCGAGCAACUCGACCGCUGGCGCCAGCGACGGCAAGAAGCAGUACUUCGUCACGGGCGAGGUUGACUUCGACCCCAGGAUCUACGCGCUCGCGCAGUGUGUGCCGGUCUUGACACCGGAGCAGUGCAGCAGUUGUCUCGGCCAGCUCCUCGUGCAAAUAAAAGUCCAGCUGAGCACCAAACCGCCGUGGAUUUCAUCUCGUGUGGAGUGGUGCGACCUGAGGUAUAACGUGCGGCCAUUCUACCAGGGCCAGGCCAUGCUGCAGCUUCAGGCGCCACCUGCGCCGUCAUCUGGUACUCCAGAGACUGGAGCUGAGAAGAAAAAGAGUAGUGCAGUGGGUAUCUCUGUGGGCAUCGUUUGUUCCCUUGUAUUGAUAUCGAUUCUUUUGGCUCUGGCCUUCAUUCGCUUCAGAAGGAUUAACAAGGCUACCGAGCACGACAACCCAUUCAAGAAAAUUUCGAGAGCGCAGUGUGUGAUCUAUGAUUUGCCUGCGCUGGAAGAGGCAACUGAAAACUUUUCGCAGAGGAAUAAGCUCGGAGAAGGUGGUUUUGGUGCUGUGUACAAGGGGAUACUCCCGGAUGGGCAGGAAAUAGCAGUGAAGAAACUUCUGGGAACAGCUGGGCAUGGUUUGGAUCAGCUGCACAAUGAGGUGCUGAUGCUGGCGGAACUUCAGCACAAGAACCUUGUUCGGUUACACGGUUUUUACUCGCAUCGGGAUGAUACACUUCUUGUUUAUGAGUACAUCAAGAAUGGGAGCCUUGACAACUUUCUAUCCGAUGAUACUAGAGAGGAGGGACACACGCUAGUUUGGGGGCAACAAUACAACAUCAUUCUUGGCAUUGCCAAGGGAAUAUUGUAUCUUCACGAGGAUUCGAGCAUGAGGGUUAUCCACCGGGAUCUGAAACCGAACAACAUUCUUCUUGAUGAGGAGAUGGAAGCGAAAAUUGCUGACUUUGGGUUGGCAAGGCUGCUAGGAGAAGGUCACACACAUACCAAGACAUCUGGAGCUGUUGGAACACUUGGUUACAUGGCUCCAGAGUACGCGAUACAUGGACGUGUGUCACCCAAGAUUGACAUUUUCAGCUACGGUGUAUUGGUCCUCCAAAUCGUUACUAGGAGAAGGGAGUGCUGGUCUGCUGAUGGCAACACUGUGAAUCUCCUCACUGAGGUUUGGAAUCACUGGAAAAAGGGAACAAUCUCGCAAAUGAUGGAUCAAACCCUCGACCAACAUACUCGAAACCAACAGCUACAAUGUUUACACGUUGGACUGAUGUGUGUCCAAGCGCACCCGGACGACAGGCCUGAGAUAUCGACCGUCAUUUUCAUGUUAACCAGGGACAGCAUGGAGCUUCAGCUACCGGAGGAACCUGCAUUCUUCUUUGGGAGUGGGCAAAGUUCUGAUUUCGUGUCGGGAGAGGACAUUUCUGUGAAUGGGGUUUCAUUUACGGAGCCGUACCCUAGGUAAAUCCAAUGUACGAGUGUGAUGUGAGAGUGCUCAAGGCAUGAUUCAUUUCUUAAUUUGCCUGGGUUUCAUAUUUACUGAUCAGCCGGCACUGAGUUGAUCAUGUAAUGGAACAAGGCUUCAGGGCCCAUUUGGUUCUCAAGAUUCUAUAACCGUAGGAUGGGUUGACAUGAAACAUUGAAUACUAUAGGAAUCAGAAACACACGAAUCUGUAAUAGAAGUUGUUUGAUUACACCACAAGAAAAAUGCUGGAAUUUAACUAUA